CCGAGGACCCCGGACGGGAGCCCUUAGCACUUCUCCCUCGGGCAGAGCAGAGAACGUUUCUUCCUAAGUGCAUAAGCUUCACGCACACGCGCACACACCCACACACGCGCACACACCCCGCGGAGCCGGACCUUACCCUCCGAGGCGGCUCUGCCCGCUCCCCUCCUGCCCUCAGCAUCCUCGGCCCAGCGUCCCUCGGACCAGCAUGGAGGUGCUGGAGAGCGGGGAGCAGAGCGUCCUGCAGUGGGACCGCAAGCUGAGCGAGCUGUCAGAGCCCGGGGAAACCGAGGCUCUAAUGUACCCUACGCACUUCUCAGAACUCCUGGAUGAGUUUUCCCAGAACGUGCUGGGUCAGCUCCUGAAUGACCCUUUCCUCUCAGAGAAGAGUGUGUCGAUGGAGGUGGAGCCGUGCCCGACAUCCCCCGCGCCUCUCAUCCAGGCCGAGCACAGCUACUCCCUGUGUGAGGAGCCUCGGGCCCAGUCACCGUUCACCCACGUUACCUCCGGUGACAGCGUCAAUGACGAUGAAGUGGAAAGUGAGAAAUGGUACCUGUCUACAGACUUUCCAUCAACCACCAUCAAGACAGAGCCGAUUACAGAGGAGCCGCCCCCAGGACUUGUUCCCUCCGUCACUCUGACCAUCACAGCCAUCUCCACCCCUUUUGAGAAGGAGGGACCCCCGCUGGAAAUGAAUACUGGGGUUGAUUCCUCGUGCCAGACCAUUAUACCUAAGAUCAAGCUGGAGCCCCAUGAAGUGGAUCAGUUCCUCAACUUCUCUCCGAAAGAAGCCUCCGUGGAGCACCUGCACUUACCCCCCACCCCUCCCAGCAGCCACAGCAGCGACUCAGAGGGCAGCCUGAGCCCCAACCCCCGCCUGCACCCCUUCGGCCUGCCGCAGACCCACAGCCCUGCCAGAGCCGUGGCGCGGGCCCCUUCGGCCCUGUCCAGCUCCCCUCUCCUCACGGCCCCUCACAAACUGCAAGGGUCAGGUCCACUGGUCCUGACAGAAGAGGAGAAGAGGACCCUGAUCGCCGAGGGCUAUCCCAUCCCCACCAAAUUGCCUCUAACAAAAUCAGAGGAGAAAGCUUUGAAGAAGAUUCGGAGGAAAAUCAAGAACAAGAUUUCUGCCCAGGAAAGUAGGAGAAAGAAGAAAGAAUACAUGGACAGCUUGGAGAAAAAGGUGGAGUCUUGUUCAACUGAGAACUUGGAGCUUCGGAAGAAGGUAGAGGUUCUGGAGAACACCAAUAGAACUCUCCUGCAGCAACUCCAAAAACUUCAGACUUUGGUGAUGGGCAAGGUUUCCCGCACCUGCAAGUUGGCGGGCACACAGACAGGCACGUGCCUCAUGGUGGUUGUGCUAUGCUUUGCUGUCGCAUUUGGCAGCUUCCUUCAGGGCUACGGGCCCUAUCCUUCUGCCACCAAGAUGGCUCUGCCCAGCCAGCAUUCUCUGCAGGAGCCGUAUACAGCCUCUGUCGUGAGAUCCAGGAAUCUGCUGAUCUACGAAGAACAUUCCCCGCUGGAAGAGCCGUCCAGCCCAGCCUCGGCUGGGGAGCUUGGGCACUGGGACCGAGGAUCCUCUCUACUCAGGGCAUCAGGCCUGGAGGCCAGGCCUGAUGUGGAUCUUCCCCAUUUCAUUAUCUCCAAUGAGACCAGCCUGGAGAAAUCCAUGCUGUUGGAGCUACAGCAACACUUGUGAGGUCAACGCCAAACUGGAGGGGAACGAGACACUAAAAGUUGUAGAACUCGACAGAAGAGUGAACGCCACUUUCUAAAGAGGCUGUCCACCUCCCGCUUUCUCUUCACUCUGCUUUCCUGUCCCCAAACCACCUUUGUCAUAAGCUUUUCCUUUUUUGCCUUUGAUCUGGACGAAGACAUGGGCGAGCGAUCAUGGCUUUGGAUGGGAGGACAGCCUGGGAUUUCCACCUGUGGUGAGAGACCACCUUCCCUCCAUGCCAUGCCCCCCCGAAGGAGGGAGCCCGGCAUCCCUCCCUCCCUCCUAUUUACUGCCAUAGGAAAUUGUUUUAGGGUUGGGGCUGGAACAAGCAGGCCCGUUUCUACCAAUAGUGCCAAAAAGAUACUGCCCGCUUUUCACUAUGGGCUGUGACCAUCUCUUUGGAGAAGAGAUGACUCUUGUUCACGUGAGACCCCAGACUCUAGCCUUGAAAAUUCCAGGAUGCCCGUUGGGAUCUGGCAAAGCUCUGACUGACGUCCUGCCUUCCUCAGCCUUGGUCUCUGGUGUGUCUGCACCCCGACAACCCCGGAAGUUCCAGCGCCGUCAGUGAGCACCCCAGCCACUCUGCCCCAUCAGAGCCCUCGCAGAUCGUCCUCCCGCACUGGAGCGAGGGCUCUCCCGUCCCCAUUCUCAGGCCGCAAGUGCAAUGCCUGAAAGAAUCAGGCUUUUCUACUCCAGGCGAACCUGCCUUGUUGCUUGUAGGACAUCCCCACAACUGGCGUCCCCGCAUACCUCUAGGCCUGCCUCCCCGGCUUCUCCUCCCCAUUUGUAAAUAGUAUUUAUUAGCUCGCUGAGGCUUCCCUGCUAGCAAUCACACUGAAAAGAUCCACUGUCUCCCUCCAAACUGGCCUUUGGAGCUGGCUAGGAGGGCACCCGAGCUCUGGGAUUUCCCAGUCCUCCAGAUGGCGUUUUUUGUUUUUUGCUUUUUUCCCCGUGUUCUUCUGCUUCUUCUUCCUCUUCCUCCUUCUUCCACUGGAGGCCUCUAAUUAUAAUCGGGAAAUCCCCUUAAGCUUGUGUCCUCCUGCAGAAUGAAGUUGGAGGGAAAGAUGGAGUAAUGCCUUAAUCAGGUCUGUGGCUCUCUGGUCAGAGGCUUUUACUGUCCUGUUCCCAUAAGAGAAGGGAGUCCUUGUCCCUGACAACAGGCGUUUCAGACAACCUUGCUGGCCUGCCUCUCCACGCCUGUUC